UCCCCAGGAGAUACUCACCUAAAUAGGAAUAUUGAGAGAGUGGUAGGAGAUACUGUUUUAAAGUAGCUCUAUGGAUGUCCAGGCAAGGCAGAAUAUGAAAGGGGAAUCCCUGCUUGCGGAGGUAUCCCUCGAUUGGAGGGGCAGAACCUGCAAGCCCGACAAGCAUGGGGGCAUGAAAGCUGCUGCAUUUGUUUUAGGCCUUCAAGCACUUGAAAUCAUGGCAAUUGCUGCAGUUGGGAACAACCUCAUAACAUAUGUCUUCAAUGAGAUGCACUUUCCCCUCUCGAAAUCAGCAAAUAUAGUGACCAACUUCAUUGGGACUGUUUUCCUCCUGUCUCUGCUUGGUGGAUUCCUCUCGGAUUCUUACCUUGGGAGCUUCUGGACUAUCUUGAUAUUUGGGUUUGUGGAGCUCUCAGGUUUCAUACUAUUGUCAGUCCAAGCAAACCUUCCUCAGCUAAGGCCUCCACCAUGCAGCAUGACAUCUGAAGGAGAACGCUGCUCAGAAGCCAAAGGUUUUAAGGCCACUAUAUUCUUUAUUGCUCUCUACUUGGUGGCCUUAGGGAGUGGGUGCCUCAAGCCCAACAUGAUCUCCCAUGGUGCUGACCAAUUCAGGAAGGAUGAUCCUGAUCAGUCCAAGAAGCUUUCCACAUACUUCAAUGCUGCCUACUUCAGCUUCUGCGUCGGUGAACUCAUCGCUCUCACGGUUAUCAUCUGGGUCCAGACACAGUCAGGGAUGGCUGUUGGUUUUGGUGUAUCAGCAGCUACUAUGGUGAUGGGGCUAACUAGCUUGAUUUGUGGUAUUUUCUACUAUAGGAACAAGCCCCCUAAGGGCAGCAUCUUCACCCCAAUUGCAAGAGUUUUAGUAGCUGCUAUUACCAAGAGAAAGCAAGUUUGCCCAUCUAAUACCGAAUUGCCUCGUCGAAGCAUAAACAAUGCUAGGGACCACAUACUCAUUCUAGGCCUCGAGAUCUCCUCCAAUGCCACCAACCUUAUCCACACCGAGAAAUUCAGGUUCUUGGACAAGGCAUGCAUCCGAAUCCAAGAUGGUUCUAAUAGAACGGAGAGCCCGUGGAAGCUAUGCACCAUGGCCCAAGUAGAGCAAGUGAAGAUAAUACUCUCAGUGAUCCCUAUAUUUGCAUGCACCAUUAUCUUCAACACAGUCCUUGCUCAACUGCAGACCUUCUCAGUCCAGCAAGGAAGCUCAAUGGAUACCCGGCUCACCGAAGCAUUCCAUAUUCCCCCGGCUUCGCUCCAAUCUAUCCCAUACCUCAUUCUCAUCAUCCUAGUACCGAUCUAUGAGAUGGUCUUCGUCCCUCUCGCUCGCAAGAUAACCUCCAGGGACUCCGGCAUCUCUCCCCUCCAGCGCAUCGGCAUAGGCCUCUUCACGGUGACCUUCUCGAUGGUGUCAGCUGCAUUGGUGGAAAACAAGAGGAGGGAGCUGGCUGUCGGUUCGAGCAAGCAGCUUUCCAUCUUCUGGAUUGCUCCACAGUUCCUCAUAUUUGGUCUCUCAGAGAUGUUCACAGCUGUGGGCCUGAUUGAGUUUUUCUACAAGCAGUCGACCUUGGCAGGGAUGCAAUCCUUUCUAACAGCCAUGACUUACUGCUCCUACUCAUUUGGGUUCUUCUUGAGCUCUCUCCUAGUCUCACUGGUGAACAAGGUCACCUCAGGACCUUAUGGGAGUGGCUGGCUCAGUGACAAUAACCUAAACAUGGAUAGGCUGGACCUUUUCUAUUGGCUCCUCGCGGCGCUUAGCAUCCUUAAUUUUUUUAACUAUCUCUACUGGUCUAGAUGGUAUUCUUAUAAGCCAUCUUUAGCCCCUGGUCCUCAAAAUGAGACAUAUGGUGAAGAAGAGUUCCACAGCUUCAGCUCCUCAAAGCUUGUGGAACCUAAAGAUAUACUCUUGUGAAAUGGCAUAACCCAAUAUUUAUUGACCU